AUGCCCGAGUCUCCAAGUGAGCUAGGUCAGAUACAAUCCCUCCGCCGCUCCCUCACCCUUCCCACCAAGUUAAAUCCACUUGCGCAACGUCGCUCGAGCGUGCCGAAUACCCCCGAACAUGUAAUUUUCUAUCACCCAUCUGCGAAAAUUGUGCAUUUCUCCCCAAGAGCGCUCGCCCCCAUUCCUUCCAGUUCUGCGCCGUCCGACUUCGACUACCCGGUAGACACCAUCGAAACACUCCCCUGGCGCUCUGCGACUGAACGGACUGUCGCGACAGCGCCACUGAGGCUGGAGAAGGUCCAUGGCUCAACAGCGUUUCUCAAAUGUGGAAAUGUCGUCCAUGCGAUCCUGAAAAACUCCCAGUGUUGGUGUGUUGACGGGGUCUCAAAGUUUGUUUUACGCAUUCGCCCUCUUACAUACUAUCGCAUCGAAAUACCAUAUGAGACGGAAGAUGAGCGAAGCUUAGUACGGGAUCUGAAGAUCGCGUUGCCAACAGUGCUUCGGUAUGAGGUCACGCCAUGUCCUUUCAAACGCGCUUUUAGUGUGGAGCUCCCGAGUGACGCGAUGGCACCUCGGCGCAAAAAGGCCUGGCAACCUAAAGAUCGGAGAGAAAGGGUACCGACUGUCCUAGAGCCUCCACGAGAGACACCGUCACCAUCUUCAAUCAGGUCGGAUUGUAUCGACUCCGCGAGCACUGGCGACGACACGGACGGAAACUUAACCGAUGACAGUUGUUUCACUUCAAACAAAGCGAACAGUACAGUUUUGGAGACUAUCCCCGACGAUCGGGAAUCUUCUCCCGUUGAGGCUUUGAGUCCUUCCCCAUACCUUGGGCCUCCUAGGCGCUCAGUGACCGAAACACCACAGACUUUCACUAGCCUGCUUGCAAAGUUUGAGGCUACAUCAGUCGCAGAGGACGACCAUGACUCUGGACUUGUGCUCAACCCAGAAUACGCAUCCAGUACAGAUGCUACACCUCAACUUGAUCGUGAGCCCAAGGGUACAGACGAACUCGAACCCGAGUUUCUAGCCGAUGGAGUUGAAGCUGGACCUGAAUCCGAAACUGUACUAGAUCCUGAAUCUAAAACCCCAGCGCAGUUUGAGGCCAAGCCUGAACAUGAUCCAGAAGCUAUAUUGCAAGCCGGACGUUCCGGUGAAGCUGCAGUUGAAGCGGAGCUUGUCAUUCCGACUGAGACUGACGCAGCGUUGGCGGCUGAAACUUCAGAGGAAGCUGUAUUCCGUGCUGAGCCCACCAUAGCAGUCGGAGCCGAGGCAGUACCGGAAGGUAACGUCAUGAACGUGGAAGGAGUCCUACUCAAUCAACCCGCUGCCGAGCCGACACUGCACAUUGACCAUGAUGCCUCCUUUGCGUCCAUCCCCGAGUCAUUCCAUUCUGCUGAGCCUCACACGCCGGAUUCAGUCUCUACUCAUCCUACAUCUGUGGGAGGCCACGAGUUGCCAGAGUCAGAAGAGAAGUUCAAUAUUCCGAGCGCAAAGCACAUCAUUUCUGGGUACGAAUCAACGCCAGUGGAUCCGUGUAAGACGUCGCAGCCCCUAACACUCAAUAUUCCUCAAAGCGAUCACGCCCCAAAUCCAACCAGCUUGCCCGGUCCUCCAUUAGUGCAUGGUACAAGUUCGAAUAAUCUGCCCAAGCGCUUCGCAGAUGCAUUCUCGGACACCUCGCCCUCAAUGGCCCCUACAAGCAAUGCGAAUCCACCCAUUCGUUCUACGGAUGAAUCUUCGGGCACUCACAUGCGGCCAAGCGUUCAUGCCAAGGCCGCUCCAUUGAAUACUGAUUUCGACCACAUGAGUGCGGAGUUCCGGCGCCGGUCAAAAGCCACAAGAGAGCGUGACGUUUCCCCUAUGCCUCAUUCUUCCGCAUUGUACCAACCAUCCGGUGAUGAUGGCACAUCCUUCAUUUCCAAGGCUAUCACCCUAGUAUUGAUACCCCCCCGCCUAUCUUUUUGUUAUUCUCCUUCAUAUCGCUGCGCGCGUUCUAUCCACCCGACUAUCAGCUCCACAUCGAGCGAGCCACAUUCCCAGCCCCAGCAAACAAGGAAGGAUCCAGCCGCAGAGGAUGACUUCAGUUUCCCACUGGAGCCUCAGACUUCCUCGGAAUACGAGGAUGCUCAACUCUUCAAGAAACUCGAUCCUUGGGAUCUGGACUAG